AUGGCUGGUUUUUUGCCUGCUGAAUCCUCUCAUAGUGAAAUGAGUGAUGUUGGUUCUUAUAAAGAUGGGCAGGACCGGCCAGAGGAAGGAGCUUGUUGGUACUUUUAUAGAAAGGAGAUUGAAGAAAAUUCUCCAUCUAGACGAGAUGGCAUUGACUUAAAGAAAGAGACAUAUUUACGCAAGUCAUACUGUACUUAUCUACAAGAUUUGGGUAUGAGACUUAAAGUGUGA